AUGGCAGACACCACUCCCAUAGUCGCAUCCUCGGAGCGCAGUAGCACCCCGCCAUCCAGCGCCUCUGAGCAAGCCCGAAUCCGCAAAGAAAGACGCGAAGCAAAAAUCCGCGCUGGUGGCUCCGCAAGGUUGGACAAAAUCACCGGUCUUGGAGGAGGAGUACCUCGAGACGUUUCCCCACGACCAGCAGCAUCCGCAGUCCAGCAUCCUGACCCAGAGGAGGUAGACAUAUCCCAGCACUACUACGAGCCCAGCGGAAGAGCCUCCCGCCCCGCAAAUGAUCCUUUUGCUAUGCCUCAGCCGCAAAUAAAUGAAGACCAGCUCCGUCAAAUGAUGCUGGGUAUGGACCCCUCGAGAGGGCCACCCAUGGGUGGCGAGGGGAACCCAUUCGCUGGGUUUCCAGGAAUGGCCGGUAUGCCUGGGAUGGAAGGCAUGGGUGGACCAGGCGGGCCCGACCUAGAUGACCCAAUGAUGAAAAUGAUGCAGCAGAUGAUGGGUGGUAUGCCGGGAGGGGCUGGACCGGGUGCGGGUGGUAUGCCACCAUUUCCCGGUAUGCCAGGAAUGCCUGGGCAAGCCGCAGCAGCAGCAGCAGAUCCAUAUGCCUACCUCUGGCGGAUCAUCCACGCUGUAUUUGCCCUCGGACUGGGCUUAUACAUUGCAUUUACAACCACAUUCACAGGCACAAAGCUCGAGCGGGAACGAAGCGGGUUAUAUACUUCGACUGCUACCGAUGGCGCUGGACUCAGUCCUGCGAGUGUGCAUUUCUUCUGGAUAUUCGCCACGGCGGAGGUAGUAUUGCAGACGAGUAGGUUUUUCAUGGAAAAGGGAGUAGUGCAACCUGGUGGGAUUAUGGGGACAGUGAUGGGUUUCUUGCCGCAGCCGUAUAAGGGAUAUCUGGGGCUUGUGACACGGUAUAUGAGGAUUUGGACUACUGUGAGUGGGGACGCUAUGGUUUGCGUGUUUGUGUUGGGGGUUUGUGCUUGGUUGAGGACGAAUUAG